AAAACAUCACCCUCUUUUUGCUCACCACAGCUAUUUCAGUCUCUAUAUUUAUCACAUGAGCUUCUAGGUUUAAAAUCCGGUUCCCAUCUGCCCAUUUCGAGCUUCCUGUGUUUCAGCUGAACACUUAGGCUAUGUGCUUUACAUUUCGGAUGCAAAAUCAAUGGUAGUGUGAAAAUCAUCUUCCUGAAGCACAAUGCCCGAUCUUGAGGCCCCCUUGCGCCCGAAGAGGAAGAAGGUGUGGGUAGACUAUUUUGUGCAGUUCCGAUGGAUUUUAGUUAUUUUCGUCGUUCUCCCAAUCUCCUUCACCCUUUACUUUCUCACUUAUCUCGGGGAUGUCAAAUCAGAGAUGAAGUCCUACAAACAGCGUCAAAAGGAACAUGAUGAAAAUGUUAAAAAAGUUGUGAAACGUCUUAAAGAGAGGAAUCCGUCAAAGGAUGGUCUUGUCUGCACUGCUCGUAAACCCUGGAUUGCUGUUGGAAUGCGAAAUGUUGACUACAAACGGGCUCGGCACUUCGAAGUUGAUUUAUCAGCUUUUCGUAAUAUCCUUGAAAUUGAUAAGGAGAGAAUGAUUGCUAGAGUUGAGCCUCUUGUAAAUAUGGGUCAGAUCAGCAGGGCAAGUGUCCCAAUGAAUCUUUCUCUUGCAGUCGUUGCAGAACUUGAUGACCUCACUGUUGGUGGGCUCAUUAAUGGUUAUGGGAUUGAAGGAAGCUCUCAUAUCUAUGGCUUGUUCUCUGACACUGUUGUGGCAUAUGAGAUUGUUUUGGCAGAUGGUCAGGUUGUUAGAGCUACCAAGGACAAUGAAUACUCUGAUCUUUUCUAUGCCAUCCCCUGGUCCCAGGGAACACUUGGGCUUCUUGUCUCUGCUGAGAUCAAGCUUAUUCCUAUUAAGGAAUACAUGAGGCUGACCUACAAACCUGUAGUGGGUAAUCUGAAAGAACUUGCGCAGGCCUAUAUGGACUCUUUUGCACCCAGAGAUGGAGAUCAGGAUAACCCAGAGAAGGUUCCAGACUUUGUGGAGACUAUGAUUUAUAACUCAACCGAAGGUGUGAUGAUGACAGGGAGAUAUGCCUCCAAAGAAGAGGCCAAGAAGAAGGGAAAUGUGAUUAACAAUGUUGGUUGGUGGUUUAAACCGUGGUUCUAUCAGCAUGCGCAGACAGCCCUAAAGAAAGGAGAGUUUGUGGAGUACAUUCCAACCAGAGAAUAUUAUCACAGGCACACAAGGUGUUUGUACUGGGAGGGGAAGCUUAUACUUCCAUUCGCUGAUCAAUGGUGGUUUAGAUUUCUCUUAGGCUGGAUGAUGCCUCCAAAGGUUUCUCUUCUCAAGGCCACUCAAGGUGAAGCAAUCCGAAACUAUUACCAUGAGAUGCAUGUCAUUCAGGACAUGCUUGUUCCUCUUUACAAGGUUGGGGAUGCCCUUGAAUGGGUCCACCAAGAGAUGGAGGUAUACCCCCUUUGGCUCUGUCCGCACAGGUUGUUCAAGCUCCCUGUGAAAACUAUGGUGUAUCCAGAGCCAGGAUUCGAGCAUCAGCACAAACAGGGAGAUACAUCCUAUGCUCAGAUGUACACUGAUGUCGGGGUGUAUUAUUCGCCUGGACCUGUGUUGAGGGGUGAGGUGUUUGAUGGUGCAGACGCUGUUCGUAGAAUGGAGGACUGGUUGAUAGAAAACCGUGGCUUCCAGCCACAGUAUGCAGUGUCCGAGCUAAGUGAGAAGAAAUUCUGGAGGAUGUUUGAUGGUGACCUCUAUGAACACUGCAGGAAGAAAUAUGGAGCUGUGGGAACCUUCAUGAGCGUGUACUACAAAUCCAAGAAAGGAAGGAAGACAGAGAAGGAGGUGCAGGAAGCUGAACAAGCCCACCUUGAGACUGCUUAUGCAGAGGCUACUUAAUAGUGGACUGAUCUUGAAGUGAACUUUGGAAAUGUUUGGUAGCAUUUCUUUAUUUGCUGUUUCUCGUGUUUUCUGGCUGUGCUUGUGAGUCGCUUGCAUUUUAUUUUUUCCCAGUGAAUGUUACAGUUGCUGAUUUUUCCCAGUGAAUGCUGCUGCUGCUGGACUUUAUUGUCGGAGAUCUUAAACUUGUUAGAUUAGACUCUUGUUUUAAAGGUAUUUUCUAAUCGUGCUCAUGUUAUAGAUAGUCUUUGAGACUGUAGCCCCCAGCACACUGCAGCGAAGGGACAUCUCUCUUUGAGCAACUGUAGUGUGGCUGGGGGAGUUAGUCUAGUGAGGUAAGAUUGUUGCUGAGAUGAAGUGUUGGCUGUACUGAGCGGGGUUGUAUUUGGCACAAGAAAAUAAAUGCGGUGAUGAUUCACCCGAAAGU